AUGAAAUCAAUUACAUCUUUUUUCCUCAUUUUAUUUAUUUCAAUUGUCUCUUCACUAAUUGAAUCAGAAUAUUCUUGUUUUUAUAAAUUUGCACGUGAUUGUGGUAAUUUAGCUACUUUUGGUGAUGCUACCAAAGGUUAUGAUUUUUGUUACCUUCCAACAUUAAUCAAAUGUAAUUCCGAUAAUGUUACAUCCAUGCAAGUUGCUUUCAACAAUUGGGUUGAAAAUGCAAGUGAUAUAAAUUUUGAUCAAAUUAAUAUUGAAUCAAUUACAAAUUAUAUUCCAUAUUAUAAAAUAUUUUCAAUAAGUUCAAAUAAAUUUAUUCUUGAUGGUGUACAAUUAAAAUAUUUUCAAAAUGUUCAACAUUUUUAUUCACCUACAUCUUUAAUUAAUUUAUUAAAUGAUGGAACAAUACCUCAAAAUAAAACUCUAAUUGAUAUGUCUAUUAAAUCAAAUAAAAUUCCAGAUUUGACUGGUUUUGAUUCAAUUCAAUCUUUAAAUUUAAUUUUACCAAAAACAUUUGAUAGUUCAUCAUUUAGUAAUUUAAAAAGUUUUUCAAAAUUAUCAUCUUUUAGGUUGAGACAAGAUAGUCCAUUAUUUUGUUUUGAUUUUAUUAAUGAUAUUAAUCAAUUAUCAAGUAAAUCCUUAAUUUCACUCUCAAUUAUUGGAUGUACGAAACCAUUAACAAGUUUAUAUUCUUUAAAAAAUAUUUCAAAUAAUCCAAGUUUUAAUUUUGACAUUGAUGGUCCAUUAUACUAUUUAAAUAAUAACAAUGAAAAAUUUUUCCCAUUCAAUGAAAUUCAACCAAUUCAAAUAUUUUCAAUGAAAGGUGGAAGUUUUAAAAUGGUUAAUAUUGGUAGUUUAUUCCAAAAUGUUGCAACAGUUAAUAGUGUGGUACUUUUAAGUAGUAAUGGUAUUGAAGCUAUUUUUGAACCAAGAAUUGGAAAUUAUCCAAUUAGUUUAGAUAUUUCAAAUAAUUCUAUAACUGGUAACUUAGAUUCAACAUGGUGUUCAACAUUAAUUGUAAUUAAAAAUAAUAAUUUUACAGGUGAUAUACCAUCAUGUUUUUAUUGUUAUUUUGAUGAUCCAUUAAUUAAAAAUAUGAUUACACCUGGUAAUCAAUUUAAUCAAGUGAAAACAGAAUGUACUUCAAUUAUACCAAAUUUAAAAAUAGUAAAUCAUGAAAUUGUUAUUUAUGGUACAGAUUUACCAUUACUUACGACUCAAUUUAAAACAGUACCAAAUUUAUCAUGGUAUAUAAGUUCAAGAGGUAAAGAAAUUAAAGUUAAUUAUGACUCAUUACCAUCAUCACCAACACAACUUAAAACAAUUGAUUUAUUAAUUUUUGAAGGAAAAUAUAAUUUCACACUUGCGUUGGACCAAAAUCAAGCACCAAUAAUUUCAAAAGUAGCAUUUGUGUCAUCAAAUAGUGUUUUAAUUAGUGGUAGUUAUUUCAGUUAUGAUAAAUCAUUGAUUUCAUUUGAGGUUGAUCAUCAACCUUGUAUAAUUACGUCGAGUACAUUCUAUGAAAUUCAGUGCUCGUUAAGUGCAUCAUUUAUAAAUGUAGCAAGUUUAGUUUUAUCAAAUUUAAAAAUUGGUAAUCAUUCAAGUGAGGAUAUUUUAAUAGACACUUCAAUUUCAUUUAUUAAUUUAUAUUGUAAUGAAAAUUGUAAAAGUGUUGGAUAUGGUAUUUGUAAUAUGAAGGAUCAAACUUGUGUAGAAUGUCCAUCAAAUUGUUCAAAUCAAGGUACAUGUAAUAUUUUCACAAACAAAUGCGAAUGUUUUAAUGGAUUUGCAAAUGAUGAUUGUUCAGGUAUUCAAUGUAAUCCAAGUGCAAAUUGUAAUGGUAAUGGUAUUUGUGAUACCAGUAUGGGUAAAUGUAAUUGUGAUAUUAAUUGGGCAUCAUCAGAUUGUAACACUACAAAUCAUUAUGUUAGUAGUGUGAUUUCCACCAGCACAUCAGGAGGCGUGGUCACCCUGCUGGGCAUGUUUGGUGACACGCAUAAUAACCCGUUAAUUAAAAUCGGUGAAUUGACCUGUUUACCAAUUAUUAAAAUUAAUUCAACAAUGAUUCAAUGUGAAAUCGGGCCUGGUAAAGGACACAAGGCCGUCCAAGUCACCCAAAACGGCAUUACAUGGUACGGCAAUGGAUUUAAGUACUAUGAAACCGCACUACCAUGUCCAUCACAAUGCUCAUCACACGGUCAUUGCGAUACAACAACUGGUAUUUGUAAAUGUGAUUCUAAAUGGUCUGGCAUCGAUUGUGCAAUCGAAAUUCAAGUUGACUCACCACAAUCAAACUCAACCAUUGAUAAAGGCACUGGUGAUUCAACUUUAAAUAAUGGUGAAACUAAAUAUUCGAUUUUAAUUACAUCAAUUAAUGAAAUUGACUUUAAUGGUAAUUCAAUCAAAGAAAUUAAUUUAAAAAAUAAUUGGAUUUUCAUUUCAAAUAAAUCAAAUGAUAAUUUUUAUUAUUUUAUACAAUAUUUAAAUAACACAAACAAUAAUGAUAAUGAUACAACAAUAAUUAUAUCAACAAUUGAAGAAGUUAAAGAAAGUAAACAAUUUUCAUUUGCAGAUAUUAAUUUUAAUGUUGAAAGUGGUUCAAUUAAAUUUACAACUACAAUUAAAAAUUGGAAAUAUUCAAGUGUUUUAAAUACAUUACAAUUAAGAAUGAAUACAACUGUUGAUAAAAUUAUAAAAAAUGAUCAUGAUGAUUGUAAUGAAGAUGUAAAUAUUUCUAUUAUUAAUGGCGAUGAUGACGAUAUUGAUAUUGAUAAAGUUAGUUAUAUGACAAUUUCAAAGAAUGGAAAAGUAUUAUAUGGUAGAUUUUUAGAAAAGGCAUUAUCAGAUUCAAGACCUUCUUAUAUUCAAAAUAAAAUAAUUAAAAAAAACGAAAAUUCAAUAUUAAUUGGUUUAAAUUUACCACAUUGUGUCGACUCAUGUAUUGUAGAUCCUGAUUUUUCAGUUUUAGUAAAUCCAGAUUUCUCAUCAAAUUGUAAUAGUAGUGAUAAUAGAAAGAAAUGGUUAAUACCUGUUGCUGUUGUUGUACCAAUUGUUGGUUUAUCAAUUGUUGCAAUCAUAUUUUAUGUACUUUAUAGAAAAAACAGUACACUUAUUAAAGUUCAUUUAUUUUCAAAAGUUAAAUUAAGAAAUAUGAACAACUAA